AUGACUGGCUCAGAUGGCACCAGUGACAGUGACAGCGAUUUCGGUGAUUUUGAAGGUGUCGCUGUAGAGAACACCGAGAUAUCAUCACCUAUUGUCUCGCUAGAAGAUCAAUUGAAUUUGGUCUUUGGACCGCACCAAACCAUAUCUUACAGCGACGAAAAGCAUGAUCUGAAUGAGCUGAUUUGCGAAGAGCGUCCCAAAGUGAUAUAUGAACAACUGGUAGCUCUUGAACCGCAUUUAAGGCCAUUCCAAUGGCGUCAUUCCAAACUCAGAUCAAAACUUUUGCAUACUCUUCAAAUAGAGGACAUCCCGGAAACUCCCAAAGUGGUCAAAAAACUGGAUCCAUCACUGUACGAACGUCUGGCUUCGCUUUUGGAGGAUAAUCAGGCCAAAGAUGACACUGCAAUAAUAGCAGAUCUCUUAGGAGCCAAGCUCUCGGUUUCCGUUGCAGAUGACAUUCACGACAGUACUACACAACCUACAAUCGCAGAACUGCGAAGCAUAGACAUUGAUUCUCUGGAUACUCACUCCUUGAAUAAUGCUCACAAUCAACUGAUAGACGCGAUUCUAACGGUUUGCCAAGAGAUUCGCGAAAAUGACAUCAAUCGGGAGCGCCUUAUUGAAGAAAAGGGCACUUUUGAAGAUUUACUCACCAAUCUCAUAGGCCACACCCAGCGACUCCAUCGCGAUGAGAUAGCUGAAUUCAACCGUAAGAAGAAAAGUGGCUCCAAAUAUGGUAGAAAAUUCAAAUGGGUGCGGUAG